GGGGAGGGAAGCGCCCGCCGAAGAGGUCGUCCCUCGAGGCGGGUCUUCUUCUCCUCCCAUCCCCGUGAUCCCUGCUGGGCGGAGGCGACCAUGCUUCUUUUGCCGCUGCUGGCGAGGGGAAGGCUCCUCCUCCUCCUCCGCAGCAACGAGCUCUCCGUCCCAAUGGCCGCCUUAUCGUGCACCUCCGCGGCCUCCCGCGCCCGCAAGAGCCCCGCGGGGAAGCAGGGCCUUGUCUUGGGACUCUUUGCCAGUGAGAAAGAAGAAGGAGAUCCCCAGUUUACCAAUGCAGGAGAUGCUUUUGACAAAGUUGUAUCUGGGAAGCUCAGAGAGUUGUUGGCAAUUUCAGGGCCUCCACUGAAGAAAGGAAAGACCCGCAUCUUCCAUGGCUUGCAUCAGGACUUUUCAAGCAUAGUAGUUGUUGGCCUGGGUAAGAAGGCAGUAGGAGUGGAUGAACUAGAAAACUGGAAUGAAGACAAAGAAAACAUACGGGCAGCUGUUGCAGCUGGAUGCAGGCAGGUUCAGGAUCUGGAGGUCCCUUGUGUGGAAGUUGACCCUUGUGGAGAUGCUCAGGCUGCAGCUGAAGGAGCCAUCCUUGGACUCUUUGAAUAUGAUGAACUGAAACAAAAAAAGAAACCAGUGGUUGACGUUCAGCUACAUGGGAGCAACGGCGUGGACGCGUGGCAAAAAGGCCUUAUCUACGCAAAGGGACAGAACUUGGCCCGAUCCCUAAUGGAGGGUCCAGCCAACUAUAUCACACCUACCAAAUUUGCUGAAAUUAUUGAAGAGAGACUGAGAGGUGUCAGUAGCAACGUGACUGUUCAUAAAAGAGAUAAAUGCUGGAUAGAAACACAAGAGAUGGGAUCAUUCUUGAGUGUUGCAAAAGGCUCUGAUGAACCACCAGUCUUUUUGGAGGUUCAUUAUAAGGGCAGCAGUGAUGCCAAUGAACGUCCACUAGUAUUUGUUGGGAAAGGAAUUACUUUUGAUAGUGGUGGCAUUUCCAUUAAGCCGUCUGCCAAUAUGGAUGCCAUGAGGGCCGAUAUGGGAGGAGCAGCCACCAUCUGUUCAGCCAUCGUGACAGCUGCGGAACUAAAGCUGCCCAUUAAUAUAAUAGGUUUGACACCCCUUUGUGAAAACAUGCCCAGUGGGAAGGCAAACAAACCUGGAGAUGUUGUAAAGGCCAAGAAUGGGAAAACAAUUCAGGUUGACAACACAGAUGCAGAAGGAAGGUUGGUGUUGGCUGAUGCUCUGUGCUAUGCACACAGUUUUAAUCCAAGGGCCAUUGUAGAUGCUGCUACAUUAACAGGUGCCAUGGAUAUAGCACUAGGAUCUGCAGCCACUGGGGUUUUUACCAAUUCACGCCAGCUGUGGAACCAUCUCUACGAGGUAACUUUACAGCACAGAUCAACAGAGGCUAGCAUCCUGACAGGAGACCGCGUUUGGAGGAUGCCUCUCUUUGAACAUUAUACAAAGCAGAUCACAGACUGUCAGCUUGCAGACCUUAACAACAUUGGAAAAUAUAGAUCUGGUGGUGCAUGUACAGCUGCUGCAUUCCUGAAAGAAUUUGUGACCGUCCCUCACUGGGCUCAUUUAGAUAUUGCAGGUGUGAUGUCAAAUAAAGAUGAGGUUCCAUACCUCCGUAAAGGCAUGGCAGGACGGCCCACAAGGACUCUUGUAGAGUUUGCUACUCGACUGAGCCAAGACAAGCAAAGCAUUUAGAAAAUAGUUAGAUGUGAAGUUAUAGAAACUCCUAGCCUUAAAAUCAGUUUGACUUAUUUCAGAAUUGCUGAGGCAAUGAGCUAAUGUUCCAGUGAGUGUACUAAUAAAAUAGAACAGAAAGAAUAUCCACAACAUGGAAUUUUCUGCAUAUUUAAAAAUACAAUGAUGGACUAUAAAUUCAUUUCGUAAAAGUUUCUUACUGAUCAAGGAUCUCUUAUUCUUCCCUUUUUUAUUCUACUGAUGAACAGAUAUCCAAAAAGUGUGUUUAUACAUUUAAUAGUGAAGGACAAUUGAACAAUCAGGUUUUGCAACUCGGAUUGAAUUGAAGUUAUUGUCACAAGCAAUAAAUAUAAAUUUCUACACUUUC